UCUGUAAUGCCGCCCACUUUGCAUGGAGUCUCCAGCAUCGAUGGGAGUUUCUUGUGUCUACUGCACUGCGAAGUCAAAAGAAGUGAUUGACCCCGCGUUGACCGCGCAGUUGCUCGUACGGACGCCUGGAAGGAAUGGGAGCCCCUGAAUACCCUAAGCCUCGACGGUUACGGCGUCGGCGUGGACGUGGUCGUGAUGCUCUUGGAAGGAAUGGUGCUCUUCUGCUUCCUGGGCUGGAUGGACUCAGGACACGGGCGGACCGCGAUGACCGGUGAGGGCGAAGCCGACGCGCGAACCAUGGACCAGGACGUGGAGCUGGAGAAGGAGAAGGUGGAGGACCUCCAGGCGAGGCAGGCAUUCUCGGAGCACGCCCUGGUGGUACGCAACCUGCACAAGUGGCACGAAAAGCGCCAUGUGGUCAGGGGUCUCUACUUGGCGCUGCCUCCUCGCGAGUGCUUCGGCCUGCUGGGUGUGCGCGGCGCGGGCAAGACUACCACCCUGGAGAUGAUUGCGGGGCUCGUCCCAAUGUCCACCGGGGAGGCGUAUAUGCAGGCUGUAGAGCUGCCCAGGAACCAGCGUAAGCCUGGCGGAUUGCGAGCGGAUGUGCGAUCGGAUCGGCAUCCUAUCGGACGGCCAGCUCAGGUGCCUGGGCUCGCUGCAGCAUCUGCGGGACCGGUUCGCACGAGGACACAGGCUGGCUGUCAAGCUGCCCCGCAGGAAGGGGACGGCCCCGAAGGACCUCAGGGACGCCGUCGAGGCCACGUUCCCCGGAGCCAAGCUGAGGAGCUACCGCCGGUGUUUACAAGUCGUGCAAGAAGAAGGCGACAUUCUUUAAAGACCUGGGUGUACCGGGACCAAGCCCUCACCCCAUCUAUGGAAAUCUGCUUGAAAUCCUCGAAAUGGGCAGUUUGGAAGCAACAGAAAAAUGGGCCUCCAAAUAUGGCGAUAUCACUGGAUACUUUGAUGGCUUCAGACCCGUGA